AUGUCAGGUAGAAGAAGAGCGUAUCCACAACCUCAGUAUACAGCUGGUACACCGGUCGGUGGUGGCGCUGUUGGAAAUUCUUUUAUUGACCAACGCCAACAACAACAACAACAACAACAACAACCAGGAGGGGCACAAGCACAAGGUUAUGGCUCACCAUAUGGAGCUGAUCAAUUACAAGGUCAAUUCCAACGAAUGAAUGUUGGUGGUGGCGGUGACCCAGCUUACCAACCUCAACAUUAUCAGCAACAACAACAACAACAACAACAACAACAACAGCCAUUGCCCAAUGCACAAAUUAGCUACGACCCAUACCAGCCACAACCACAGGCCGGGGUUUAUGGACAGGGAAUGGGAGGUGUUCCCCCUACGGCCGGUCCUGCUUCGCAGUCAGGUAUAGGUUCUGUUUAUGGCGGUGGAGGCGGCGGCGGCGCAUAUGGUCAAGCUAACAAUAUCCCCACUGGAGUACAAUUAAACGCGUUAUAUACAACUGACUUGUCAAGGGAUUUACCACCACCUAUUGCUGAAUUGUCGUUUCAACCUCCGCCAAUUACUUUAGCGGAAAACGCAACGUUGAUUCCAGGCUCCAAAACCGCUAAUGCCACGCCUGAUUAUUUUAGGUCUACAUUAAAUGUUGUUCCCACCAGCUCCUCUCUUUUGAAAAAGUCUAAACUUCCUUUGGCAUUGGUUGUGAAACCAUAUAAUGCAUUGAAGAUUGCGGAUGAAAACAUUCCAGUUACAUGCGAUACUACAAUUAGCAGAUGUCGUCGUUGUCGUGGUUACAUCAAUCCGUUUGUUAUUUUAGCGGAAAAUGGAAGACGUUGGAGAUGUAAUUUCUGUAAUUUACUAAAUGACAUACCAAGCGCUUUUGAUUAUGAUGAAAUUAGCGGCACUGUGAGAAAUAAGUUUGAUAGGGUCGAAUUGAAUCAUGCUGUUGUCGAAUUCAUUGCGCCAAAGGAGUAUAUGGCUAGAGCACCACAACCCAUUGUUUACGUUUUUAUCAUUGAUGUGUCUGUGCACGCAGUGCAAAGCGGGUUAACUGGAACCAUCACAAGAACAAUUUUAGAAAGUUUAGAUAGAAUCCCCAAUGAAAACAGAACAGCAAGAGUUGCCUUCAUUGGUGUCGAUUCAAACUUGCACUAUUUCAGAUUCAACGAAGGUUUGGAAGGUACAGAGAUUAUGGUUGUUGCUGAUAUUGAAGAGCCUUUCUUGCCGUCUCCCGGAGGAUUAUUGGUGAAUUUGGAUGAAAAUAAAGAAGCGAUUGAAAAAUUACUUUUGGACUUUCCAACUUUCUUUGAAAGUACUACAAAUCAAGGUUUUGCGUUGGGUCCAUCUUUGAAGGCAGGUCACAAGAUGAUCAGCAACGUUGGUGGUAAAUUAGUUUGCUUUGCAGCUACAUUGCCAAACAUUGGUGAAGGUAAACUUAGCGUUAGAGACGAAGCAAGUGUUGCGGGUAAAGCAAAGGAGGCCAAGACUUUGUUAACGUCAGCAGACAGCUUUUAUAAAUCCUUUGCUGUUAAUUGUAACUCAUCACAAGUCACAGUUGAUCUUUUCUUAACUUCGUCUGCUUAUCAAGAUGUUGCAACAUUGUCUAAUUUACCAAGAUAUACAGCUGGUCAAACACACUUUUACCCAGCUUGGACAAGCAAUAAAUCUGAAGAUGUUACCAAAUUAUCAAAGGAAGUAAGUGACCACUUAUCUCAGGACAUUGCUUUGGAGGCUGUUUUAAGAGUUAGAGGCUCAACCGGUUUCCGAAUGUCCUCAUUUUUUGGAAACUUUUUCAAUAGAUCUUCUGACUUGUGUUCAUUCCCUACUUUCCCAAGAGACCAAUCAUACUUGAUUGAAAUGUCGAUAGAGGAAACAAUAAAUAAACCAGUGGUAUAUUUCCAGGCUGCCGUGUUGCAUUCCACUUCUUUUGGAGAGAGAAGAAUCAGGGUUAUGAAUUUGGCUUUACCUACAUCUUCAAAACUAGUAGAUGUAUAUGCUUCUGCUGAUCAGUUAGCAAUCACUAAUUAUUUCACCCACAAGGCUAUUGAAAAGGCCUUGUCGACAUCAUUACCAGAAGCCAGGGAGUAUCUUAUUUCUAGAGUUGUUGAUAUCUUGAACAUAUAUAGGAAAGAGCUUGUCGCAGGAAAUGUUUCGGGUGCUUCUCCAUUGCAGAUCUCAACCAAUUUAAGAAUGUUGCCAUUAUUACUAUUCUGUUUAACGAAACACUUGGGUUUUAGAAGCGAUAGAGUACCUUCUGAUCACAGGGCCGCUGCGUUGAAUAAUCUUGGAUCAUUACCAAUUCCGCAGUUGAUAAAAUCCAUAUAUCCAACAGUUUACUCCUUGCACAAUAUGCCAGAUGCAUGCGGCUUACCAGGAGUGAAGGAUGAGGAUGAAGCAGAGACAGAGGAUGAGAAUGAGACUUUAGUUGAUGUAGUUUUGCCAGAGCCAAUAAAUGAUUCAAAGGCCUCUUGGGAAAACUAUGGAUUAUAUCUUAUUGAUAACGGCAGUGAACUAUUUUUGUGGGUUUCAGGUAAUGUCGUUCCAGGUUUGAUACAAGAUGUAUUUGGUACCGAGAACUUGUACGAUAUACGCACAGGCAAAACUGAAUUACCCGAGUAUUCUAUGGAAGAGAGUGAAUUCAAUUAUCGUGUGCGCCAAAUAAUUAGUAAGGUUAGAGAACAACCUGACUCAAUCAUUUGGAAAAAUUUAUACGUUGUUGUUGGAGCGUCCUCAAACGAACCUAUUGAAAUUUCUCAGCAACGCGAUCUUAUGGCUUUGAGAAUGUGGGCUUCAAGUUGUUUAGUAGAGGAUAAAACUGGUACAGAACCUUCGUAUAGAGAUUUCUUGACUUCAUUAAAGUCAAAAGUUUCACAAUAA